UAAAUUUCUCAAACUUUUGUAUAUACCGGCGAAGUGAAAUUUGUUUCGCUCUAUUCUUUACUGCCAAGUGGUAUAUGUACCUUUAUACUGCAUUCUGAAAUUACUAUACUAAGCUACAGGUGUAUACAUAUAGAGGGCCACUGAAUAACUUCAUCUUCAUUCAUGCACGUGAAUUUGUGUUGAUAGUACUAUUUUCUAUGCGUGAAAAAUACAGGAAUUUUCGAAAAAUCGACAAUUGCAAAGUUGUAUACGUAGUUAUAAAAUGGAAUCUUUGAAAGAAAUUUCUAAAUUCCUCGAUUUAAGCUCUGACACUGCUGACAUCCGACUUGAUUUGAAAUUCUCUGUGCUGCACCACGUGCUCUGUUUGACAGAGACCGAUGAUGGCCUGGAACUUUUGCUGAAACUACCAAGAAUGUUGACACAACUUAUUAUUUUUUUGCAAGACCCUUGCUGUGAAAUUAGAAAAUUUGCUGCAGAUUUAUUGGUAAAUAUUGUCGCAGAUGAAUCAGGGACCAAUGCGAUGCUGAUUAUUUCAGAGUCGAGUAACUCAGCAGAGAAGAACAAGUCUGAUUCGGAAUCUAGUCAGAAUUUAAUAAAAGUUUGUCUGAGGGCCAUAAUGGAUAAAUCUAGUCUUCAGGCAGAUCGAUGUAGUAUGAUACUUUCUAAUAUGACUAGAAAGUUUUAUCUGGUAGACAGAGUAAUAACACUCAUCGAAAAAAGUGGUUACGCCUGGAAUGAUGUAGUAGCUGCAUUUACUGCAAAAGAGUACAACACUAAAGGCGAAAAUUUGCAUCAUCUUGGAGAUGUCUUUUGCAAUUUAAGUCAAUCGCCACAUGUAAGAAGGUAUUUGAUGGAUCGACGUUUGUGCCUUAUUCAACGGCUCUUCCCAUUCACAGAGUAUUCUGAUAGUUGGAUUAGACGACGUGGUGUUAUUGGUACUUUGAAAAAUUGUACUUUUGACACAGAAGAUCACAUAUGGUUGUUAAGCCCCGAAGUGGACUUAUUAUCAUAUUUGUUGUUGCCACUUGCUGGUCCAGAAGAGUUUGACGAUGAAGAUGUCGAUAAAUUGCCAAUUAAUUUACAAUAUCUUCCUGAAACAAAAACUCGAGAGGCUGAUCCAGAUAUAAGACUUACGCUUUUAGAAGCAUUAUAUCAACUUUGUGCAACAAAAGUGGGUAGAGAAAUAUUGAGAAACAAAAAUACUUACCUCAUACUUAGAGAACUUCACAAAUGGGAAAAGGAUAAAAGAUGCUUAUUGGCGUGUGAAAAAGUUGUGGAUAUCUUGAUAAAAACCGAAGAAGAAAUCGGACAUGACAAUUUGAAAGAAAUAGAAGUGCCGUCUAAGUACACGGAUAUGUUCGAUAAAAUGGAUGAAGACUGUAUUAACAAUACAUAGACAAUAUAAAAUUUAUAUUAUAAAUGUAUAUAAUAUCUCUAUAAGAAUUACACAUACUGUGUACAUAAUACUUAACAAACAUAAAACUAUGAUAAUUAUAAUACAUUCGAAUUUUGUAUCUCAUGUCUCAAAUUGCCCCGUGAAGCGAGCGGCACACGAUGCAUGUUUCUUUGCUGGACUGCUUGCGUUUUAGUAAAUUGCUAAAAAUUCAACGUUCUGUGUGGUGUAAUUUUAAUUAUUUAUUUUAAUAAUUUACUAAAACGCAAGUAAACCAGCAGAAAAACAUGCAUCGUGUGCUGCUAGCUUAAGGGAAUGCUGGAGUGGAGUCGUUUGUUUUACCGACGUAAUAAUUUUUGCACCAAACAUCAAAAAAAGAAUAAAACCGAAAGAAGUAAACGGAAUAUUUACUAAUUUUUUAAAUCUGUUCUCUAUGCUUUAUUAUUUAAUAGUACGUUUGUUAGACGAUCUUUACUUUACUCGCAGUACGUGAUUCGAAAUCGAUUUUAAUUGCUAAUUACUAGCGAAUUGGAUGCACAAAUGUGCGCACUCGAUGCAAUAAAGUGAAUAAUAAAAAUAUCUAAUACAUAUUUUACCAAAUAACAAAAUAACUAUUAUUAUACAAUUACUAGUACUAUUAAGAAUUUCGUGAUUUAACACCUUUUUAUAUUUAUAUUAAACACAUUUUUACGUCGAUUUGUGUACAACAGUUUUAAUAUAUGUACUAAGUACGCACUGGUACGUCCAACCAAAUUCACUAUACGUGAGAUUGUUGUGGAGAAUGUAUUUCUUUUGUGAUGAAACUCGAAGAGAUUUAAAAUCAAUUUUUCUUUAUCGAAAAUGUCCAUCACUUGUGUGACUGUUUUGUAGUUUUCAAUUUUUUGGUACAAUUAAAUUUUUCACAUUCUUUGUACAUCGAUGAACGUGAAAAAAUAUCCGAAACAGAUAGAAUAGACUAAUAGAAUAACAAUAAGUACAAUAAUAUAUUAUCUCAGCAUUUUCAGGCAAACUUUUAUAAAAUUCUGAUUAGGUUCCGAAUCUGGCGAAAACAAAUUUUGUUAAGUAUUUGUUACAAAAUUUCAUUUGCAGAAUGCUAGCACAAACCGAAUCUUAAAAGAAUCUUAUUUUGUAAUUAUUCAAUUUUAAAUUUCUCUCUCUUACACGUAAACACUCAAAGAAGUCCGUUGCAUUAUACCCCUCGAAACGCAAACGCAGUUAUGCAAUACAUUAAACGAUUAUUCUUACAAACAUUUUACAAUUGUAAAUCCUCACAAUUAAUUAAUUCUUAUGAUUUGGAAGAGACGAUGAUAAGCUGUUAGUGCAUAGUA